CAGGAUAGGUGAAGUCUGCGGCUCAGCUUUGGGGGAUCCAUGUCCGUUCAUCAAUACUGACGUUGAAUCUGAAUGGAAGAACAAGAAGGAAACCGAGGUGUCUUGGAAACCGAGGGGCAACCCGAAAAUUCCCAACGAGGAGGAGUAAUAUAUGGAGAAGGAGAAGGAGAUGAAGAUGAAAAUGUAUUGCGAUUCUUGGACUCCAUGGACGGUUACCUUAGUCUAAGGGACUCUUUAUGUGCAACGCUUCGCCAGGGAUGGUUUGAAUUAGCAAGUGCUAGGCACUCUAUGGGUGCAUUACGUGUCAAUGGGACUUUAUUGGAUCUCAAAGUCCAUCCUGCUGCUAUCUCAUUGACAUUAAACCAGGAUGAUGUUGACUCUGAGCUAGAGCAACCACACUUCACCUUGUGCAAGUGGGUGUCCUCUGGGAAUGAAAAAAGCUCUUCCCGGGAGGCAAAAUCCGAGGAGGAUGAUUUGCUUAAGAAAUCUGUCAGUCAACAUCUACAAAACCAUGGCAGUUCCCAGAUGUCUGAAGGUAAAACCUCAUCAAAGAAUGGAGCUACACCUAAGGUUGAUGACCAAGUUCCAAAGGAGCGAGCUAAAUCACUCUCAAUGUUUGGAACUCUAGUUUCACCAAAGCUUCGAGCUGCCCAACAGUCAUUUGAGACAGCAUUGGAGAACAUUGUUCAAAUAGCAAACAUACGUUCAUCAGUGCUAAAUGCUUAUGAUCAAGUUCAAAGAGAAUCGAAGGGCAACGAGGGAUGAGAAGGAAUCGCUCAGUUUAGGUUUUCAGGGGGCGCUGAUAUGAGUUUCCCAACAAUGGACUCGGAUGGCAAUGAAGAUUCUUCACAGUAUUUGUGCAUGAAAAGAUUGCUGCCUUUGCAUCUGCCUCAUGUCCACUUCUGCUCAUUCAUUCCACUAGAUCCAACUAAUUAUGCGUUAUAAAUUAUGCCUAUUGAUUUUUUCUUACUUGUUUUCACUAUUUUCGUAGGCUCACCCUUUGUUUAAUGCAUGGUAAUGUGUCUUUUUUGUUUGGUGCCCUUUGCACUUUUACAAGUUUCGUUCAUUUAGAAGUGAAUGUGCCGAGCCCUUGGAAGUGCCCGUACAUUUGUUGUGGUAAAAUCACUGAACUCUGCAUUAACAGAGUCUGGAAUACGGAGGCAUUAGAAAUACAUUACUCUUGCUGCUUCA